UCACUCUCUUUCCUUUCAAUGGGCUAAAAUAUUUACGGUAGCAACCCUAAAGAAUUAGGACUGGACUCUGCUAUGGUCGUGCACGUGCCUUACCCUACUCCACUCGUCCAUGAACAUUCCAGAAAUCUACAGGUUUUUUGAACUUUGGACUUUGUAUGAGAUUAUUUAUGCCUUGUAUAGGCUUCAGUUUGUGUGAAAUUAUCUACUGCUGAGUGAAAUUUGGGUUUUGGGUUUGUUUGAGAUGGAGCAAGUGAAGGUAAUCAGCACAUUGGUGAGUCCCUUUGGCAUGCGUGUAUUAAUUGGUCUGGAAGAGAAAGGCUUGAAAUAUGAAUACCAAGAAGAGGACCUACUGACCAAGAAGAGCGACCUCCUCCUGCAGAAGAAUCCUGUGCACAAGAAAUUACCUGUUUUGAUCCACAAUGGCCAGCCUAUAUGCGAGUCUCUUAUAAUUCUUCAGUACAUCGACGAGACUUGGGAUUCCAACCAAUUUUUACCCACUAAGCCAUAUGAUCGUGCCCUUGCCCGCUUCUGGGCCGAUUUCAUAGAUAAGAAGUUUUUUGAGUCGGCGUCUCGUAUAGUGCUUUCAAAAGAUGAAGAUCAGGAGCAGGCCAAGCGUGACAUGCUGGAGAACCUAAAAGCUUUAGAGGGUGCGUUGAAAGAAAUGUCAGGAGGAGGAUCCCUGCCUUUCUUCAAUGGAAAGGAUUUUGGGUUCCUAGAUAUUGCCCUCAUUCCUUUUGCUGCUUGGUUCCAUACAUUUGAAAGUAUGGGGAAUUUCAAGAUACCGUUUGAGAGUGGAUAUCCAUUGCUUGAUGCGUGGGUUAAGAGAUGUGUGGAGAGGGAGAACGUGAAGAAAGCCCUUCCCUCUCCUGAUCGAGUUCUGGAAUAUGCAUUGCAAAUGAGGAAGAAAUAUUUGGUUAAUUGAAUUCAUAUGGGUAUUAGUUAAAUGCCAUGUUCAAACGCGUUUCAGAACUGUAUCGUUCAAUCUUUAUGUUGAUCGAUUUAUGUGCUUGGAGAAUAAAUCUUUCAAUAGAAAUCUGUAAUAUUUAGGUGAUGGGGUUCCCAUACGAGCAUUCAUGCUUCAAAAUUUGUGCUCGGAAAAUUUUCUCGGGCCAUUUUUUCUGGGUACCGUUUGAAAAAAAUACUAAAAUAUUUAUUUAAAUUCUUAGUUUUCGUUUCAAAUCUGCAGAUUUGUGUUGUUGCUGGGAAAAUUUCGGUAGCGGCUAUUCUGGCUCUAAUAUAGAGCUAGAAUAGACGCGUCCGAAAAUUUCGGUGCUUGUAGAAAUGAAUACAACAAGUUGCACUAGAUUUGG